AUGACUGCAGGCACUCCCCCACCCCCAAGUGGAACGCCGAGACCAACUAUAAGUGUUCUCGCAUCAUCAGAUGGAACCACAACAACGACCACAAGCACCACUACAUCAUCGAGUACAACGACUACAAGCACCACUACAUCAUCAACUGGAAUCACAACAACGACGACAGACAGUACUACCUCAUCAAGUACAACUACAACAACGGCUACAAAUACUACCACUUUCACAUCAACUUCAACAACAGUCGCUAAUGUCAAUAAUUGUAUGUCUCCUAACAUUACAUUUAUUGGAAAUCUAUCGACUUUCGCAUCACCAUUGCAAUAUCGACGAAGUGAAAAUGUUUAUAUUAUUCCAUAUCUUCAAUUGAAUUGUAGUGCAUCACUUUCUACAAUCAUUCAAUGGACAAUCAAACAAUGUUCAUCAAAUUGUUUAACGGAAAUUGAACUUGAUGAAUCAAUAAGUACAACAGGUAUAGAUCUUUAUAUUCCAGCAAAUACCUUACUGUAUGGUACUUAUGAAUUGAAAUUAACUGUUACAAUGAAAGUCUCGCCUAAUAUGAGUUCAACUACGUUUACUUAUAUUGAGAUUAUUCCAUCAAGUAUUAUAGCAAAUUUAAUUCAAUAUGGAACUUCAAUGAUUGUACGUGGAUAUCAACAAAAUCUUACAUUAAAUCCUGGAGAAUAUUCAGUUGAUCCUGAUGCAAUUAUAUUUAAUACAAGUAAUUGGAAUUAUGAAUAUUAUUGUCGAAUCUAUGGUCUCUAUGACUUUCCAAGUAUCAAUGGAUUAUUAUUAACAAUCAAUGAUUCUAGAACUGAUCCAUUCAAUCCAUCAUGUUUAUCAAAUCAUUCAAGAAAUGGAUCUGCAUUACAAUAUGAUGGACCAAUUGCAUCACGUAACUCUUCAUUGACAAUCCUUUCUAGUUCAUUCUCUUCGAAUAGAACAUAUCAAAUUAUGGUUAUAAUGACAAAUCGUCAGAGUUCUUCUAUUCAAGCUGUUGGUUAUCUUAUUGUAGAUGUUGAAGAUACUAAUGUUGAAAUGAUUCUUCUUGCUUGUGUGAUUUCUACAAUGUGUAUUCCAGAUAUGGAAUAUCAUUAUAUUAAUCCAACAACACAAGUAGCAUUAUUUUCAACUUGUGCUGAUAAUUGUGAAACAAUUGAAAAUAUAACAUGGAAUAUUUAUCAAGGAUCAGUCAACUCAUCAACAAAUAUGACUGAAUGGAUUUUAUUUAAUCAAACGAACUCCUAUCAAAAUCUAUGGUUUUUUGGUAUGAAUACAAGUAAUUUUACAGCAACAAAUCAGUUAUUUAAUAAUAAUCCUUCAAUAAUUUAUUGGCGUUUUGAAGUUGUUUAUUCCUUUGGAUUAAAAUCAAGUUCAAGUGUAUUAAAUUUCAUAAUUAAUCAACCGCCUGACAAUGGUGCUUGUUCGAUUAAUCCAAUAAAUGGUACAACUAGUACAUCAUUUACUAUUUCUUGUUUCAAUUGGUUUGAUAAAGAUAAUAUUAAAGAUUAUUUAUUUUAUGGAUGGACAAUAGAUCCAUCAGAUCAAGUAAUGCUUGGUUUUUCAUUUGUAUCAAGCAUCGAAAUGUUCUUACCUGGAACAACUGAUAAUAAUUCAUUAUUAAAUAUUGUUGUUUAUAUUCGUGAUACAUUUGAUUGUGCUACAGAAUACAAUAUACCAUCGAUUUUUGUUGCUCAAUCAAAUAUCAAUGUAAUAAAUAAUUCUUUUCUUCCAAUGCUUGCAAGUGGAAAUCAAAAUAGAGUUAAUCAAAUAAUUACAUCACUUUCACAACAAAUCAAUCAAAUAAAUGAUCUUGCUAUUGAAACUGCUCUUACAAAUGGUGUUUCUAUUACACAAAUUUCAAUAUCAUCAUUGAAUAGUGUAACUCAACAAACAAUACCAUCUGUUUCAUCAAAUGCUUCUGCUCUGGCUGAAUAUAAUAAGCAAUUAAAUGUGUAUGCUAAUAUUCGAGAUUCUCUUGUAACAUAUAUUACAAAUCUACCAAUAACAACUGUGGAUAGUAUUAAAUUACAAGCAUCUUCUUUAGCUCAAUUUACACAAGCAACAAAUCAAUUAACAAGAAAUUCUUUAACGCUUGUAUCCGAUAAAUGUUAUCAAUUGGCUUUAGCUCUACAGGCACAGACAACAAAAAUUUCCUAUGAUAAUGUUCAAACAGGAGUGAAAUAUAUCACACAAUGCGCUAAUAAUAUUUUGAAUGCUGUUAAUGGUCCAUUACAACAACGAACAACUGUUCUUGAUUUAGAUUGGUCUCGUGCUAAUAAUUUUCCUGCUGAUUAUGAUACUGAUUUAGAUUAUGAAUGGUCUAAUCUAAAUUUAUUUGCUAAUGGAAAUGAUUUCUCAUCGGAAACAAUUGAAAAAGGUCGAAAUAAUUAUUAUCAAAAACAAACAGCUGAUACGAUAAAUAGUCAAAUGACAGAAAUAACUUCAUUAAUAACAAAUACUCUUAAUACUCAUUUAAAUAUUGGUCAAAAUUUCACAUUAAAUUCUUCAGAAGUAUUUCUUUCAAUGGAAACAAUAUUAAGUUCAUCUCUAUCAAAUAAAGUUAUUCAACAAAGUGGUAAUACUCAAAUUCGUAUUCCAUCUGCUUUUAAUUUAACUACGAAUGAUAAUUCAUCAAUUUCACUUCGAUCAAUGACUCAGUCACUUGCGUCAGCUGAUAAUAGUCAAUCGAAUACAAAUCUAUCAAGAUCAGUCUCAUUAACAAUAUUAGAUCGUUAUGGAAAUGAAAUACCUCUUCGAACAAAUCUUACUGAAAAAAUUGAAUUAAUGAUACCUCGUGAUCCAAAUAUAAUUAUUCCAUCGAUGACAUUACAAAAUGUAACUUCAAUUCAAACAAAUUCUCAUUAUCAAAUAUUUAAUCUUCAUUUUAUUAACCUUCAACAAUCACAAUCGGUUAAUAAUCGAAGUGUUUCAUUAAUUUUUGAAAUGAAACCUUUCGACAUCAAUCAAAGUUAUUUAUUAAUCUAUAGAUUUGAUAAUUCACCACAAUUAAAUAGUUCAAUAAAUCAAAUUGAUGGAUGGUCACUUCUAUGUCCUUCAAAUUUAACAAAUGAUACAUUUUAUAAAUAUUUUCUUAAUAAUGAACAAACAUUUGGUCAUCAAUCAAUUAUAUUGGGUUUACGAGAAUUAAAUUCAACUGAAUAUGAAACUUUUUGUAUAAAUCAAUCAAUUAAUAAUAAUCUACCAAUAUCAAAUCAACCAUUUAAUUUUACUUCAAAUUAUGAAUUAAGAACUUAUACAGCAUGUUGUUAUUAUUUAGAUCAAAAUUCUAUUUGGAGAACAGAUGGAAUAUUAGUCGGAUCUGAAACAAAUUAUUAUCAAACUCAAUGUUUUUCAAAUCAUUUAACAACAUUUGCAGGUGGAUUUCUUGUUUUACCAUCGCCUAUUAAUUGGAAUUAUGUCUUUCAAAAUGCUGAUUUUUCAAAAAAUAAAACAAUUUAUUUAACUAUUAUUUGUAUUUGUAUACUUUAUAUAUUGAUAGUUAUAUAUGCACGUUAUAAAGAUAAAAAAGAUCUUGAAAAAUUAGGUGUAACACCAUUAUCUGAUAAUUAUUCUACUGAUCAAUAUUUUUAUCAAAUGAUUGUUUUUACUGGUCAUCGAGCAAAUGCUGGAACAAAUUCAAAAGUUCAUUUUAUUCUUGCAGGUGAAGAAGAUGAAACAGCAGUUCGUACUUUUUCUGAUCCUCAUCGAAAAAUUUUACAACGUGGGGGAAUCGAUGCUUUUAUUAUGGCUGUUCCAAAAUCAUUAGGACUAUUGAAUUAUAUGCGUAUUUGGCAUGAUAAUAGUGGUCUACAUGAUAAAGCAUCAUGGUUUCUUAAAUAUAUUAUUGUUCGUGAUUUACAGACAAUGGAAAAAUCUUAUUUUAUAUGUCAACAAUGGUUUGCUGUAGAAAAAAAUGAUGGACGUAUUGAACGAAUCUUACCAAUAGCGGGUGAAUUACAAAAACAUGAAUUUUCUUAUGUGUUAUCAAAACAAGCAUAUCAUAGUAUAACAGAAGGUCAUCUUUGGUUUUCAAUAUUUUCUCGUCCACCAUCAAAUAAAUUUACAUGUGUUCAACGAUGUACUUGUUGUUUUGUAUUACUUUUUACUGCAAUGCUUUUAAAUAUUCUUUAUUAUGAUCAAACAAAUGAAACAAAUAUAAAUCAGACAGAUGGAAGUUUAUCAUUUGGUCCAUUCUAUAUCAGUUCUCAACAGAUUAGUAUUGGUAUAAUUGUUGAAAUUCUUUCAUUUUUUCCAAGUUUAUUACUUGUCCAAUUCUUUCGACGAAUAUUACCUCGACAAUCUAUAAAAUCAAAUAAAACGAAACGAUCACAACUGAUGUUUCCUUGGUGGUGUAUAUUUUUUGCUUAUAGUUUAUCGUUUAUAUUAGUCCUGGUAUCAUCAUUUUUCAUAAUCGUUCGUGGUAUUCAAUUUGGUGAUUUGAAAACACAAAAAUGGUUAACAUCACUUCUAAGUGGUUUCUUUUCCUCCAUAUUUUUAAUUCAACCAUUAAAAAUUGUUGCAUUAGCAAUUUUCUUUGCUUUCUUUAUUCGAAAAUCAGACAAAGAUAACGAAGCAGCUGAAUAUUUGGAUGAUAAUAUUGAUUUAAAUCAUAAUGAAGAAUAUUUACAUUCAAAAGAAUCUCCAUUUAUUUAUCGUUCACAAACUCGUAAUGUUCGUUUGAAUGAAAGUGAAUUAGCUUGUAUUCGUGAUCAACGUUUAAAAGAAAUACUAAAUCAUUUACAAAAAUAUUUUUUAAAUACAAAUCAAAUUGAUAAUGAUUAUACGAAAAUUUCUACGAUUGAUCAAUAUUGGAAUUGGUUAGAAAAUAGCUUUAUUUCAAAUAUUCAUGCUCAACAAUGGUAUAAUGGUGAAGCACCUCAAAAUUUAAAUGGUUUUAUUAAUGAUAAAUCUAAUCGAUUAAUAGGAAGAGUUCUAAUGAGACAAUUACGUGUAAAAACAAGUUUAUGUCCUACAAAAUUAUCGUUAAAAUGUAAUGAAGAUUAUAGUUUUUUUAAUGAAGAUAAAAAUUCAUAUACUCCUGGAUGGUUAAAUCAAACAAAUGAAUAUUCGAAUUCUUCAAUUAUUCGAGCUUUUUUAUAUGACAAUGGAGAGAAUUAUGAUCAAUAUAUAUAUAUUGGUAAAUAUGGAACAUAUAAUUCAGGUGGUUAUAUAUAUGAAUAUCAAGGUCGUUUAUCUGAUCUUCAAAGUAAUUUAUCUGAACUUCAUCGAUUAAGUUGGAUUAAUAGUCAAACACGAGCAAUUCUUCUUCAAUUAACUUUAUAUAAUCCAAAUGUUCAAUUAUUUACAUCAGUUAAAUUUCUUACAGAAUUUUUACCAACAGGUGGUUUAUUACCACAAUAUCGUGUUGAACCAAUAACUUUUCAAGUUUUUAUAUCAUCAUUUCAAUUAAUUUGUACAAUAAUUUAUAUGAUCUUUAUAAUUUAUCAUAUAAUAAUCGAAAUAAAAAGUUUUUUUCGAAUUAAAUUUUCUUAUUUUUAUAAUUUUUGGUCUUAUAUUGAUAUUGGUAUCAUAGGUUGUUCAUGGGGAAUAUUAGGAGUUUAUAUAUGGCGAUAUCAACAAACGAUUUCUAUUGGAAAUCGUUUUCAACAAACAAAUGGAUAUGUUUAUAUUAAUUUACAAUUAUUGAUAUAUGUUAAUGAUAUAUUAACUUAUUUACUUGCAUUUUGUUGUUUUUUUGGUACUUUAAAAUUUCUUCGUCUUUGUCGAUUUCAUCAACGUUUAUUAUUAUUUACAAAAACACUUCAAUAUGCUAAAAAAGAUUUAUUUUCAUUUAUGUUUAUGUUUUUAUUUGUAUUUAUGGCAUUUCUUACAUUAUUUUAUUUAUUAUUUUUUGAUAAAAUUUCAAGUUGUUCAACAUUAUUACACACAGCACAAACGCUUUUUGAAAUGAUGUUAAUGAAAUUUGAUGCAUAUGAAUUAAGUGAUGCUGCACCAUUUCUUGGGCCAUUUAGUUUUAGUUUAUUCAUUUUAUUAGCUGUUUUUGUUUGUAUGAGUAUGUUUAUUACAAUUAUUAAUGAUAACUUUCGUUUUGUACGAAAUAAUAUGAAUAUGAAUAAUAGUGAAGAUCAAGCUGUUUUAUUAUAUAUGUUUCAUAAAUUUCAACGUUGGAUUGGAUUAGGACAAUCAUUUCAAAUUACAUCAACUGAAGAACAAGAUGAAACCGUGCGUAGAGAAUAUCGUAAUCCGUUUGAAACAUUACCUGAGAAAAUCGAUCAGUUAUUAGAUGCACUCAAUCGACUUUACACAAGUCAACAAAAUAAUAUAAAAUGA